AUGGCGUCCGCCCACAAGCCCGAGGAUUGUAGGGCUCCGCCCGCUCUCCAGCUCCCCGCUCCCCCCGUUUCCAAGUUUAAGAUCGGUCUUUGCCAAUUGGCGGUGACUGCGGAAAAGGAGAAGAACAUCUCCCAUGCUCGUAAGGCGAUCGAGGAGGCCGCCGGGAAGGGGGCAAAGCUCGUCCUCUUGCCCAUAUCUAGUGCAGUGCACUUUAUGAAACAUGGAUACAUCUUUUUUGACAUUGAUAUUCUGGGAAAGAUUAGCUUCAAGGAAUCGAAGACUCUCACAGCUGGGCAGCAUCCUACCAUUGUAGAUACAGGUGCUCGUUUGCUGUGCGGUCCUGGGGCAUUUAACAUGACUACUGGUCCCUUGGAUUGGGAAUUGCUACAAAGGGCAAGGGCUGCUGAUAAUCAGUUUGGAGAAGUGGUUGCAACCGCUGAGCAUGAGGAGGCAAUCAUUGUAGAAGAGAUUGAUUUAUCGUUAAUUGAGCUUAUAAUUAAACUCCACAGGUUAAACCUUCCCCUGGAAAAGCAACGUUGUGGGGAUCUAUAUCAGCUUGUAGAUGUCCAGUCUGAAGUCUCAAUAUAUGAAAAGGUGGCAUUGCUGUUUCAGUGUUGAGUAACUCAACAUUGUCUCCAUCAACGUCGAAAAAUGUUUCAACCGGAUUAGAUUUCAGUUUAGACUUUAAUUUGUAUCAUGAGAUUCAUGACAAAUGCCAGUUUUUGGAGGGGGCGUAGUUUACCGCAUCCGAUAAUUUAUAUAGUUCCUUUCAUCCUGAAAAUCUGCAAGGCAUGACAUCUUUCCACAGAUGGUGUAUUCUCCGUUGUAUGAAAUAAUUUUGCGAACAUUGAGCAAUUUCUUCACUA